AUGGAUGACCUAGUUCUUACUGGAAGUGAUGACGCUAAGGUUCAACAGGUCAUUUCUCUGAUGAGUUCUACUUUCUCUCUUAAGGUGCUUGGAGAAUUAUCUUUCUUUUUGGGAGUUGAAUUUUGCUGUACAGACGUGGAUGAGACUUCGAGCAACGAGGAAGAAACACAAAAAUCUUCUCAAAGCAACAGACCAAAGACAUCAACAAAAGGGAAGAAGCAAAGCAGCACUGAUGAAAGAAAAGAAAUAACAGAGGUUGAAUACAGUGGCAGUGACGGUGAUGACAAGCAAGGUAGCGUUAGUGGAGGAUGGCAACGGCGAAAGUAG